AUGUGCCAGGUGCCCGCCGUGACGGGGCUCCCCGCGUUCGUGCCGCGCGCGGCGCUCACUGUCCCAAGAAUCUUCCUGCAUCUUGCCUACUCGAACAUCCCAGGGGCGGGUAUAGGCGUUUUUAGCACGCUGACGUUGCCCAGCGGCGUGCGUUUCGGGCCCUACCGAGGUCGCCGUCUCAAGACCGCUCUCGACUCGGGCUACGAAUGGCAGAUCUACGACCGCAACAACAAGCCGUGCCACGUGGUGGACGCGAGCGACGCCAACAACUCCAACUGGAUGCGAUACGUCAACUGCGCGCGGCGCUACUCCGAGCAGAACCUGGUCGCCUUCCAGUACCAGGGCGAGCUCUACUACAGGACGGUGAAGAUCGUGCCGCGCUUCACGGAGCUGCUGGUGUUCUACGGCGGCGAGUUCGCCGGCCGGCUCGGCCUCGACCUGCGCCGCUACAGCUGGCCCUGCGCCUGCCCGCGCUGUCAACCUCGACUUAGUGCCACAAACGCGGCGAAAACCAACAAAGGAAAAACUCAGAAUGAAGAGAAGAAAGAAACAGAUCUUAAAGAAAAUAUUAAUUCAAGACAAGCUCUACUAGCCACCCAAAAAGAACCAAAAACAAACAAAACCAAAUCGCAAAACAAACAGAUGAAAAAAACAGAGAUUAAAGAUGAUGUUAAUUCAGACGAAAAAUCUUCAAGACCUUUCUUCAUCAUCUCAAGCUGA